AUCCCUUCAUUAGCUGAACCCCUCACUGAGAUAUCAGAGAGAGAGAUGGCAACAAGAAUGCAAGGGAAGGUGAGGCCGCCAUCAUGUGCCCUGCUCAUGGGGGUGGCCCUGCUUUUCUUCUUCCUCCUUUCCGCCUCCACCAUGGCCACCGACUGCAAAGGGAAGGAGUCAUGGCCGGAACUGGCGGGCAUGGAUGGACAGGUCGCUCCCCCCAUUAUCAAAGCUCAGAAUCCUUAUGUUACGGAUGUUCCCAUUGUGAAAGAAGGCACCGUGGUUAUUUUGAACUUCCUCUGCAACCGUGUUCGCGUCUGGGUUAAGCCCAACGGCACCAUCUACGAGCCACCCACCAUUGGCUAGACGUUCCCGUUCAUGUUUACAGGUCUCCAGCUGCUUACGAUCUUCAUAAGUUGGCCUGAAUAUGAGGCUUUUAUGCAAUAACGUAUUGCCGCUUAACUGAUAAUGAAUAAAUGUGCCUCA